AUGGCGCCCAAGAAGCCCUCCACCACUGCCGAAGUUGCCCUUGUUCCACUGAAGAAUUGUCUCGUUAACCUUCCACCGUCACUCGUCUCCUUGCUGGUUAACGCCAAUACGCCUGCUCAAAAUGUGAUAAUUGAAUUUCAAUUUAAGUCCACCAGUGGCAAGGCCAAUGGGGCCGGGGCACCACCACAGCGAUCAUGCUUCCUAGGGUGGACGGGCAUGCCGAGCAAGCGGAAGCUUGCACCGGUUGUUGCUCGCGAUGGCGGGUUCUCUCGAGAACAGGAGAUAUCCACGGUCGAGAUUGACACAUCCUUCGGAAGACUCCUGGGUCUAACUGAAGGCCAGAAGGUCGGCCUUCUCGUACACCUUGACCCACCCGUCGCCCACACGAUCAACAUUGAGCCAUUGACUCCGGAGGACUGGGAGAUCAUUGAACUUCAUGCCACUUUCCUAGAGCUCAAUCUCCUGUCGCAAAUCAGAGCUCUCCCCAACCCUUCCUAUGAUGCCGCCGCCGCAGGAGAGGAACACAUGCACCCAUUGGCGCUUCAUCUUUCCCCCACAUCGACCGCCAAUAUUAUCGUCACAUCACUGACUCCAGCUCCGUCAACCACCUCACCAUUUGCGAAGAUCGCACCCGAUGCCGAGGUGAUAGUUGCCCCGAAGGUCCGAUCAAAGACCUCCAAAUCACCGCGCGGUGAAAGCCGAAGUACGGCUGGUAGCAGCAGAAGGAGCGCUGGCGGCCGAAGUGCUAGUAGCACUGUUCGUCCCAAGAGCAGCCGCUCUGAAUCCAGCAGUAGAGGUUCUCUAUACCUGAGAGGCGUUGAUCGCCUCACGGCAUCUGGGAUGUUCGAACCGGAAAUUGAAGAGGACGAAGAUGAAGGCUUCCGCGUCUGGGUUGAUCCGGAGCUUUUGGUAUCCCAUGAACUCCGAGGCGCGAAUUGGGCAUGCGUAUCUAUUGUCCAGCCCUCGGGUCUGAAGCCUCCGGUGGAUCCACAACAGCAACUAGCUCAACAAGAGCAAAAGAACAACGAAGCAGGCGCUCCAACAACGAAGCUGGUAGCCAAGAUACUUCCUUGGGAGGAUGCUCCAGACAACAGACAUGUUGCGAUGUCAACUCUUUUGUGCACGGCCCUGGGUGCGGAGAAUCUAGUUGGGGGUAUUGUUCGAGUGGAAGCUGCCCCACCACAACUGCAUCGCUCUGCUGUCAAGACGCUCAAGCUAUAUCCAUUCAUUGCUGAUCCAUCGAAGAAGAAGGACGGGCUGAAGUUUGGCGCUGACACUGCGGCUUCUCGUGACGCUCUUGCGGAACGAUUGAAAGUUAUCUACGGAAGCACGGGAUCGGAUGUCGGACUGUUUUCGGGGCCUCUGACGGAUGGGAUGAUUCUUCCAAAGGUUGAGAACCACCCAUCAGUAUCAUCCUUUGACGGCGCUAUACUUCGAUUUGAUCCGCCUCUAAAGGGCGGUCCCGAUGACACUAAGACUAUGUUUGGGUGGCUUCUUGGUUCAGAAGCGAAGCUCAACCUUGAGGUACAGGCUGAAAUUGCCAAGCCACUUGAUCUCAACUCAUCUUCAUUGCCCUCAGAUGAUCCUAUUCCAGCCGAGAUUCCUCUAAUGGUUGGCAUUGAUUCGAUCAUCUCUCAGUCACUCACCAAUAUGACCAAGUCCUCGUCAAUCUUGCUGACUGGAGGACUUGGAGCUGGCAAGACCGCACUUACGCAUCUCAUAGCUAGUCGCCUGCGGAAAGAACAUUUGUUCAAUGUGAAAUAUUUCUCUUGCCGCAAGCUUGUCACGGACGAGACCAGAAUCUCCAACAUCAAGGAGGUUUUAAACCGCCUAUUCAUGUCUGCUUCGUGGUGUGCUCGUCUUGGUGGACGCGCGGUAGUGAUUCUCGACGAUCUUGAUAAACUGUGCCCUGCGGAGACGGAAAUGCAAGUCGGAAAUGACAAUGGUCGCAGUCGCCAGAACAGUGAAGUAAUCUGUUCAAUGGUUCGCGAAUAUUGCUCAAUGAACUCUUCCGUUGUUCUUAUGGCCACUGCUCAAGACAAGGAAUCCCUGAACAACGUGAUCAUCGGAGGCCAUGUAGUCCGCGAGAUCAUCAACAUGCGUGCGCCCGACAAGGACGGGCGCCGAAAGGUUCUAGAGAAGCUGACUAGCCAAGACAAGCCGACAGAAUCCCUCAAUGGCCAUGCACGUACCACAAGUUCCUCGACUCAGGACUCAUGGCUGGAUCCUUCUAACCCUGGAAGUCGCCCAAGCUCGUCUGGUGGUGAUGGAUUCGUCUUAGAUCGUGAUGUGGAUUUCCUUGAGCUGGCGGGUAAGACCGAUGGUUACAUGCCUGGUGAUCUUGUCCUGUUGGUUGCUCGUGCCCGUAACGAGGCUCUUAUUCGCUCCGUUCAAGAUCUAUCAUCCGAGAGCAAGAUGAUUACUCUUGGUUCGGCAGAUUUCGACAGCGCGUUGAAGGGAUUUACUCCAGCAUCUCUCCGCAACGUCACUCUCACCUCUUCGACAACCACCUUCUCAGCAAUCGGUGGUCUCUUUGAAACUCGCAAGACCUUACUUGAGACAUUGCAGUACCCUACGAAGUAUGCACCCAUCUUCGCCCAGUGUCCCCUCCGUUUACGGUCUGGUCUGCUAUUGUACGGCUUCCCUGGUUGCGGUAAAACCCUCCUUGCUAGCGCGGUAGCGGGUGAAUGUGGCUUGAACUUCAUCAGUGUGAAGGGUCCCGAGAUCCUGAACAAAUAUAUUGGUGCUAGUGAAAAGAGCGUUCGCGAUCUCUUUGAAAGAGCCCAGGCCGCACGACCCUGCAUUCUCUUCUUUGAUGAGUUUGACAGUAUUGCCCCAAAACGUGGCCAUGACUCUACCGGUGUCACUGAUCGUGUUGUCAACCAACUUCUUACACAAAUGGACGGUGCUGAAGGUCUCUCAGGCGUCUACGUUCUGGCCGCCACAUCGCGCCCCGAUUUGAUUGACCCCGCUCUUCUACGUCCCGGUCGUCUCGACAAGUCUCUCUUGUGCGACAUGCCUUCCCAGGCUGACCGCGUCGACAUUAUUCGUGCUGUUAGCGAGAAGCUAAAAAUGAGCGAGGAGGUGGCCGGUCGCCUGGACGAGAUCGCUGCCAGAACCGAGGGUCUUUCUGGAGCCGAUCUACAAGCCGUUGUAUACAACGCACACCUGGAAGCCGUCCAUGAUGCACUUGGCGAUCGCACCGGAGAUGAAAAGCCGGGCGCAAAAUCAAGCGCUACGAAGAAUGCCUCUACCGGCUCUUCCAACAGGUCAUUCAUCCAAUUCCUCUACUCCUCUCAAGAGGAAGCAACUGGGUCUUCUUCCCUACCGUCGCCGGCUGUGGUCGCGGCAAAACUAGAGGCUAUUAAGAACUCGCGUCGUCGUCAGCGCCAGAUUGAGAAUGGAACAGCCAGCAAUGGUCCCGCAGCUGCCCCGGCUACCAAUGGCGCCGAUGGCUCUGCAGAUGAAAUGCGGGACGAGAUCAUCGUGCGAUGGGAGCACGUUGAGCGUUCUCUUGCUAGCACUCGUUCCUCUCUCAGUUCUACUGAGCGCAGACGUCUUGAGGGUAUUUAUCGUGAGUUUGUCGAUGGCCGCGAUGGUGAAAUGCCAAAUGGUGAGGCGACCAAUGAAAUUGGCGGUCGAUCGAGUCUGAUGUGA